AUGAAUGACCCUCUGGGAUGCGCCAGGAGGGAGAAUGGCACCAUGGCGACGGUGACAAAAUUUAUACUCUUGGGCCUUUCUAGCCGCUUGGAAGACCAGUUCAUCCUCUUUGGAUUCUUCACAGUCUUCUACCUGACGGCCCUGGUGGGAAACCUACUUAUCUUAGUGAUGAUCAGCAUGGACUCCAGGCUCCACACACCCAUGUAUUUCUUCCUGGGCAAUCUGUCAGUGGUGGACAUAGGCUACACCACCUCCACGGUGCCCAAGAUGCUGGUGAACUACCUGUCACAGGACAAGUCCAUCUCGCUUCCUGGCUGCCUCACUCAGAUGUACUUCUUCAUUUCCUUUGGGGGGAUCGAGUGCCUGCUGCUGGGGGUCAUGGCGUAUGACCGCUAUGCUGCCAUCUGCCACCCGCUGCGCUAUGGUGUUCUGAUGAGCCAAAGGGCAUGCUCUUGUCUGGCUGCAGCUGCCUGGGCCAUUGGCUUGGCCAACUCGGCUGUGCACUUGGGUCUGAUGUUCCGCUUGUCCUUCUGUCAUGACAACGUCAUCCGCCACUUUUUCUGUGACAUCCCCCCGCUUUUCCAGCUCUCCUGCUCUGACACGCGGAUCAAUCAGAUUGCCACUAUUGCUGUGGGAGGUCCUGUCGCCAUGGGCUCCUUCUUGGUGACUCUUGUGUCCUACAUCUACAUUGUUCUGGCCAUCGUCAGGAUCCGCACCAAGGAAGGACGCCUCAAGGCCUUUUCCACCUGCACCUCCCACCUGGCUACCGUCAACCUUUAUUUUGGCACCAUCCUCUUCACCUACGUCCGCCCCAAUUCCAGCUACUCCCAGGAGCAGGAUCGGGCUCUGCCUGUGCUCUAUGGCAUCAUCACCCCCAUGUUAAAUCCUAUUAUCUAUAGCCUAAGAAACAAGGAGGUGAAGGGGGCUCUCCAGAAAGCCUUAGGAAGGAGCUAG